AUGAGACUAAUAGGUAGGCAUUGUUCCCAGCCAAGGGAGGAUGGCGUCGUCAGCUGUGAGGUCACCAGACUGCUUAGGGAGUUGUGCAACGGUGCGAGAAACAAAAAGGAACGUGUUUCGGGAGCAAGGAAUGCUCAACUGCUCUGUGUCAAAAGCACCAGUCCGCAGACCCCCACUAUGCCUCAGCUUUUAAGGAUUUUAGAAGAAACUAUCCAGAAAAAGUCGCCAAGGUCGAUGAACCUCAAACCGACCAGCAUCAAGGAUGCGGCGAAGUACCGCAUGGCGUUCCACAUAUCGGACAAGACCGUCGAGAGCCUGAUGCAGUACCGCACCAAGUUCGUUCAGCACAUGCUCACGAGCGCCAUGUACGCAAACAGCUCUAUAGAGAAACCCUGGGAGAUGGUGAACAUUGUAUCGGAGAAAAUUUUAGACGAACUCCUUCUGAAGUGUGCGAAAGAAAUGCAGCUUUAUGACGUCGUGCGACAAAUGUAUCAAUGCGAGACGCAA